AGGGACUGAGUGGUUCCAGAAUGCCGUUCCACUGUCGAGCCCAUCUGAGGUGUCAUGGGCCAAUCGACGAAAUAAAACAGGGAGGGCUGGGGGGCCUCUUGAAAACCCUAUGAAGUCGCAAAUGUCUGAACCACAAGACUCUAACCUGAGACGAUGCAAGGGCGAUGGAAGAGAGUGAUUUUAUGCCAUCCGCUUCACAUAAGGGGCAGUAGGUAACUCCUGCCAGGGUAGGGGCAGAAAGCUCAGAGAGAUAUUUCAAAACGGAGACAAAUAAGACCUUAACUAUCUGCAUUGCUGGAUACCAGAUUUGAACAUUCCCCCAGAGCAGAGAGGUUUGACCAUCUUAACUACAGGCAGGACAAAAAGAUUGGGUACAAUGGAAGUGAAGGUGUCUGUGGACGGUAUCCCGCGUGUGGUCUGUGGAGUUACAGAGGAAACAACAUGCCAAGAAGUGGUCAUAGCUUUGGCCCAAGCACUGGGUCAAAGUGGACGGUACACGCUACGAGAGAAAUUCAAAGACUUUGAGCGGUGCAUGACGCCCAACGAACACCUUCUGGAGACACUUGAGAAGUACGGUGAGCAGGCCAGAGAGGUCCAACUCACACUGCUCCACAACGGACCCUCAGUCUGGGAUGAAAUGAGUAGGACAAAAGUUGGAAGAUACCAGCCCUGCCCGCCGUUGAGAAGAAAAGACCCAGGCACCAGAAUGCGGCGGGGCAGCGGUUCACUUAGUUUGCAUCGUCAAAGCCUGCCACCGUUGUCGGGUUCUAGACAAGAGACUGAGCAGCAAAAAGAGGACCUGAAAAAGCCUAAAAGAAAGUCUCUGACGCUCAUGGAAGAGGCCUUGGAAUGGCUGGAGAGUCUGGGUAAAGGCAAGGUCUAUAGUACUGCCUGUGAUAAGGAAAGCAGUAAGAGGAGUGAUAAAAGGAAUCGCACCUCUUUGGAUUUUUCUCUCGCUGUUGACAAAGAUUACUCAGGUCGAAGUAGCAGGAGCAAAGUCAGAGGACAGAAAAGUUUAAAGUCAGACUUGGAUAGUCAAACAUCCUGCUGCAUGGGAAGUCAGACGAAGGGCAAAGAAAGCAAACACUCCAAGAAAAGUCAAGAGGCAAAAUCUGAUGGCCUGUUCAGCUCGAGCUGUGCUACAACUGAAGAUGAGAAAAACUGUCUAAGAGAAACCAUUAUAUGUCAGCUCAGUUGUUUGCAAGAUUUACAAGUCCAGAUAGCACGCGUUGACAAACAGAUUUUUGAGCUUGAGGAAAAACAGAGGGCCAAAAAAGAUGAGGAGGAAGCCCAGGAGAGAAUGGCUGAAGAGGAGAUGGAGCAGAUCAAGUUUUGGGAGAACGAAUUAAAGGCAGAAGAAGGUUACGAGAUGGAUUUGCAGCGUCAGUUCCUUGAGAUGAGGGCGAAGGCCAUUGAGUGCAAGCACAAACUGGAGGAGUACAGGCACAAAAUGCAGGGACUUGAUUUCUUUGCCACUCAAAACGUUGCUCAAGAGAAGUUAGAUCUGAUUUCAAAGGUUGGUGCAAAUGCAACAACGGCCACUGGGAUUUCAGCUGUUUCAACCAAGGACCUAAAGCGACAACAAUCUGAUCCAGAUGGGGAUGUAAAUAUUAACAGGAAGUUUCUGCCCAGAGAAGACUUAAACCCUCCUCAUGCUCUAGUUCCUCCAAGUCAGAUAAAGGAGCGACGGCCCACAGGACCCACCGAGCUGAGGGAGUGGUGGACACGCUGGUCCGAAGCCCAAGGCUCUCAAUCACAGACUAAAAAGAAGGUGAUUCACCGCUCUGAGCUUACUAUAUAUCUGGGGAGCACCAAGGUUUAGAAUCAGAUAAAGUCAAUUAUUGAGUCAAUAAAUAUGAAUUUUUCAUUGUACAACAGUUCUAACAAUUGUAUUCUUUAAAAUGCAAGACUGUGAUCCUCCUGGUUUAACUUGCAUUGAGCGUUUAUAACCAAUACUUUGUGUCCUCUGUGUGUUGGGAUGUAGACACUAGCACCCUGGUGCACCCACAUCGACAUUAGCACAGCCUUCCCUUGGUUUAUUUAGUGAGCCCUCUAGUGAUUAAAUGGGUUCUGAACCAAAAGUCAGCCCCUGUGGUUGUCAACAAAGGAUCAACUGAAGUCGAUAUAGCACAUUUUAAAUUAACAGACUAAGAAUUUAAUUCAUCCAACCCUUGCCUUGGAAAUUAUGGAAUAUAUUGUACAUGAUGUAACUUUAAUGGAAGAGAGGGAAAUCAAAGGAGAGCAUUUCUGCCUUUAUUUCAUAUAAAUUAGAAACUUCAUUUUGUCUCGCAGGCAGCUUUCAUCUGUACAUUUUGGGGAUUCUUCCCCUCAAGUUUGAGAACAGAUGAUGUCCAUAGGCACAAAAGCCUCUUUAGACUUAAUGACAUUGUGUCCUUCAUGAAGACUAAGCUGCCUCUGAGAAUGCAAGCAAAGAAUCAGCCUUAAAUAAAUUAUGGCUUGGAUGAUGCAUUUUGCUGUUCUCUGCAACACAAAUACUACAUACAGCUGCACUCCUGAAGAGAGCUGGUGCUCAUCUUAGAGGGGUGGCACUGGACUGAAAGCUCUGAAUUCAUCUUUGGUGAAUUUGUACAUUUUGUCAUCUGCUGAGAAGCCCUAGUUGUUAGGAUUUAUCUGUGGAGCACUAAACAAGGCAUAUUCACCUUGGUCUGUUUGUAACAACUGUUGGUCAUUUCCUGUGCUUGACUGAACACUGGUCUGCAUGAUACAUUCCACAGCUACUUGAUGCUUUGAAGUUGUAUUCAGUCUUAAAUAAAGCAGACGUGCAAAAAUAAAAAGACAAUUACACAACA